UCUGCGCGCGCACACCUCUAGUCACGUCACUCCCGGGAAAGCCGUGAGCCUGCGAGAAAAGAAGCGCGCGAGAUAGGAACUUGAGCGCGGACUAGUGUGUUGUCAGCAAUCCAGUGUACCUAGCCCAGCGACAAUUAGAUUUUUUGGUUUUACCAACGUGGAUUAUAUACGACAAAACAGACUUGCUCCUAUAAUAUAGUUUGUAAAUAUAUGCACGACGUGGGCAAAAAAAAUAUACAAUAUAUUUUAGUUAAGGGUGAUGGAGGUAAAGCAAAGGGAAAUGUCCUGGUGGUCGCGCGGAGAGGAUGGGGAGGAGGCAAUGUAUCAGGACACUGACUCUGACGUGGCUGAACAGAGAGACUGUGGAAAGGUCAAAGUCAAAUGGACACAAGAUGAAGAUGACAAUCUCAAAGCGUUGGUCCAAAACCGGGGACCAAAUGACUGGAAAUACAUUGCCAGCAUUUUACCGAAUCGCUCAGAACACCAGUGCCAGCACCGCUGGUUGAAGGUUCUGGAUCCAGAUCUGGUCAAAGGGCCCUGGACCAAAGAGGAGGAUGAGAAGGUGAUAGACCUGGUGAACAGGUAUGGCAACAAGCAGUGGGCUAUUGUGGCCAAGCACCUGAAGGGCCGGCUGGGGAAGCAGUGCCGAGAACGCUGGCACAACCACCUCAACCCGGACGUGAAGAAAUCCUCCUGGACAGCAGAGGAGGACCUCAUCAUCUACAAGGCCCACUGCAUGCUGGGAAACCGCUGGGCUGAGAUCGCCAAGCUGCUCCCCGGAAGAACAGAUAAUGCUGUGAAGAACCACUGGAACUCAACCAUCAAGCGUAAGGUUGAGAUGGGCUUCUACAGCAGGGUGGAUCCUUCUCUGAAAUGUCAGCAGAUGGAACCAGAGGAGAGCAUGGCCCACCACAGCAGAGAUCAGCAGAUGGACUAUGGUGGUUCUAUGGAGAGGGAACCAGACCAAGAUCCCACAAUGCCGGAGAAUUCCAAUACAUCCACUGUAAGAGGCGGACCGAAAGAAGCAGGCUUCCACAAGGCUGUCUCUCCUCAACAGUCAAAGACCCCCAAAAGUGAGCCAAACACCCCAGGAGGUGAACUGAAUACCAGUAGCUGGGUGGUGGACAGCUCAGGCUUCCUCUCUCCCAACGGCCCAGCCUUAAAAGAGGUGAUGGAGAUGGUGGAUGGGGACUUGGAUGGCUGGUGUAACAUGGCUGUCUUUGAUCUGCCCGAGGAGAGCCAGAGCCCAGAGCGGACCCAGUUCCGUCUGGAGGGCAGUGCCCUACAGGAACUGAGUAAGGGUAACCGGGGGGAGCUGAUCCCCAUCUCCCCUGGAGGAAUCACCCCACCUUCCAUACUGAACCGCCGCAGCCGCCGUCGCAUAGCUCUGUCCCCUGACUCCAACAACUCCAGGACCCCCAAGAGCACCCCGGUCAAGAUCCUGCCCUUCUCACCCUCACAGUUCCUCAACAUGUGGACCAAACAGGACAACUUUGAGCUGGAGAAUCCAUCUCUCACCUCUACGCCAGUGUGCAAUCAGAAGUCUGGGGUUACCACACCACUACACCGUGACAAGACUCCACUCACACAGAAGGAAAACUUUGUUUGCGCAUCCAAGCUGUACCCAAACUCAGUGUUCAUCACACCCAACCACAAGUCAAAUCUUGACACCACCCCACGGACUCCAACUCCAUUCAAAAAUGCCAUGGAGAAGUAUGGUUCUCUGCGACCAAUGCCUCAGACUCCGAAUGAGGAGGACUUGAAAGAGGUCCUCUUGAAAGAGGCUGGGAUUGAGCUGAUCGUGACGGAUGAGAGUCCACCUGAGCAAAGACGCAAGCAGGUGCAUCGACCUCCAAUGAAGAAAGUGCGUAAAUCUCUGGCUCUGGAUGUCAUGGACUGCAAAGAGAUAGUCACUGCGAGGCAUCAGUCCAUGAAGUCCGAGCCCAAAACCUUUUCUAAGGCUGAGAUGUCUCUCAACUCCUCGUCCUUUUGUAUGAAGACUGAAGAUAAAGAGGAGAAUGUUCUGGAUCAGGGCUUCUGUUUAGGACCCAGUGAGAGUGGUGCAUAUUCCAACCCGGUGCCCCCAACCCCAAUGUCCAAGGCAUGGGAAGCAGUGGUAUGUGGACGUACUAAGGACCAGCUCAUAAUGACAGAGAAAGCAAGACGUUACCUCCGUUUACUGAAAUCCCACGCUCCUAACCGGGCCCUCAUCCUGUCCUGAGCCCUCACUAACCUCGUUGUCCUCUGUGCAGACAUUUCCAUUGUGUUAAAUAUAGGGUUGCAAAAUUCUGGUAACUUUCAAUUAAUUGCCUGGUUUCCCAAAAUCUUGUUUCCUCAAACCAUGAUUUCUAGAAAACCAGGGAAUUUAUUGAAAGUUCCCGAAAUGUUGCAACCCUAGUUAAAAAACUCCCCCGUGUCGAUGUAUUCAGAGGCCUUGACUUUUUCCACAUUUUGUUACGUUACAGCCUUAUUCUAAAAUGGACUAAAUCGUUUGCCCCCUCAAUCUACACACAAUACCCCAUAAUGACAUAAAAAAAUACAUACCACAUUUACAUAAGUAUUCAGAACCGUUACUCAGUACUUUGUUGAAGCACCUUUGGCAGCGAUUACAGCGAGUCUUCUUGGGUAUGGCGCUACAAGCUUGGCACGCCUUUAUUUGGAGAGUUUCUCACAUUCUUCUCUACAGAUCCUCUCAAGCUCUGUCAGGUUGGAUGGGGUGUGUCGCUGCACAGCUAUUUUCACGUCUCUCCAGAGAUGUUCAAUCGGGUUCAAGUCUGGGCUCUGGCUGGGCCACUGAAGAACAUUCAGAGGCUUGUCCCAAAGCCACUCCUGUGUUGUCUUGGCUGUGUGCUCAGGUUGGGAAGAGACUCAUUGAAACAUGGUCAUUGUCAGGGGUCGUUGUCCUGUUGGAAAGUGAACCUUCGCCCCAGUCUGAGGUCCUGAGUGCUCUGGAGCAGGUUUUCAUCAAGGAUCUCUCUGUACUUUGUUCCGUUCAUCUUUCCCUUGAUCCGGACUAGUCUCCCAGUCCCUGCUGCUGAAAAACACCCCUACAGCAUGAUGCUGCUACCACCAUACUUCACUGUAGGGAUGAUACCAGGUUUCUUCCAGACGUGAUGCUUGCCAUUUAGGCCAAAGUGUUCAAUCUGGUUUCAUCAGACAAGAGAAUUGUGUUUCUCAUGGUCUGAUAGUCCUUUAGGUGCCUUUUGGCAAACUCCAAGCAGGCUGUCAUGUGCCUUUUACUGAGGAGUGGCUUCUGUCUGGUCACUCUACCAUAAAGCUCUGAUUGGUGGAGUGCUGCAGAGAUGUUAGUCCUUCUGGAAGAUUCCCCCAUCUCUACAGAGGAACUGCAGCUCUUUCAGAGUGACCAUCAGGUUCUUGGUCACCUCCCUGACCAAGGCCCUUCUCCCCUGAUUGUUCAGUUUGGCCGGGGAGCCUGCUGUAGGAAGAGUCUUGGUGGUUCUUGGUGGGGACCUUCAAUGAUGCACAAAGUUUUUGGUACCCUUCCCCAGAUCUGUGCCUUAACACAAUCCUGUCUCUGAGCUGGUCUGAAUACUUAUGUAAAUAAGGUAUCUGUUUUUAUUUUUAAUACAAUUGCAAAAAAAAUCUAAAAAUCUCUUCUCACUUCUCUUGUCGUUAUGGGGUAUUGUGUGUAGAUUUAGAUUAUUUAAUCUAUUUUAGAAUAAGACUAUAACGUAACAAAAUGUGGGAAAAGGGAAGGGGUUUGAAUACUUUCCGAAUGCACUGUAUAUAUGGAGAUAGUUUAGUGCCUUUUUAAAAUAAAGGGUUAAAUACACCCCAGCUUAGACUCUUAUGGAUUAAACAUGGUAAACAUGUUUCAAUGCGUUUCUUCCCAAAUUUAGGCAGCAUUUACACAGGUAGCCCAAUUCUGAUAUUUGGGCUGCCUGAGUAAACCCAGCCUUGAUGGUUUUAGGUUUCUAAAACAACAUUUUGUAAAAAAUUGAUCUCGUGCCUUGUUGAGCGUGCUCAACUGAAGUAAUGUUUUCUCAGUCCUGGAUACUUGUAAAUAUGGAAAGAAUUGUAUUGUAGGGCAACUUUAUGGGUAUAUAAGUGUUUCAAAUGUAAUGCAGUUUGAAUCUACACACAUCGUUCUCUCGUAAAGGUCUUAACACUGUACAAAAACAAUUUAAUCCACAUUUAUAUCAAAUUUGUCAUACUCAAAUGUAAUAGAAAGGUCUAAAUGUUUUCCUUUUGAUAUCUAAAGUUCACAUGUCAUUUUGCACUUACAUCUAUCAGUAUUGGAGUUGUUUGUAACUGUGUUUGUCAUGGUUGCGUUUGAUUACCUGAUCAAUCAAUAAUGAAUCUAAACAAGUUGACUCACACAAGCGAACAGAUGGUUGGUGAGGUUACAGAAAUGUUUGUUUUCCUAUGAUCUAUUUUUCAUAAUAAGUAGUCUACUGUCAACUCCUGUAGUUGUAUUAUAGGCUACUAUUUUAAGAGUAGAAGCAUGUGACGUGAAUAUGCAUCACCAUAGAAGAAUCAUACACUCGGGUUGUCCUAUUCUCAUGUCCAAAAUGUUAAGAGGUACAGGAUUUUUCUACUGAAACCUGAUAAUGUUCUGUGCAGAUAACAAAAUGUAUGAGAAUAAAUUUUUUACUAAUGUAAACAAACUAAAAAUAUUAAAUUAUAUGAACAGUUUGUACAAUUGCCUGUGCAUUUGCAAUGUGUGAUAGAAAAAUAUUAAAUGUAUGUUGUCUUUUUAUUGACUUAA